UAAUAAUACAAUCGGUGGGGUUAACAAACUAUUUCAUUCCUACUGAACAUACAGUAAAAGCAAAGAGUUUCCCUGUUCCAGCCUCCAUAGCGUCUAACAUCAUUCAUCAUGCCCGCAAAAGUGUUUGUGACCGGAAUUACCGGCUAUAUCGGUGGCGACGCAUUCCACCUCAUCCAGCAGACCCAUCCGGAUCUCGAGUUCUCAGCUCUGAUUCGAACUGAGGACAAAGCUCAGCAAGUACGCGACAAAUAUCCGAAGGUGCGGGUAGUCCUGGGAGACUUGGACGAUGCAGAAAAUAUUGCCAAAGAGGCUGCGUGGGCAGACAUUGUGAUCCACACCGCCGAUGCUUCGGAUCAUGUUGGGGCCGCAAACGCCAUCGCAAAGGGGAUGAUCGAAGGCCAUAGUCCCGAGCGGCCGGGAUACUGGCUGCAUACUGGUGGUACUGGUAUCUUGACCUACUUUGAUUCAGAAGUACGCAAGGUCUCUGGUGAGCCUGACGACAAGGUGUUUAACGAUUGGGAUGGUGUUAAUGAGCUGGUUAAUCUGCCUGCGGCUGCGUUUCAUCGGAAUGUAGAUGAAAUUGUAUUGGACAUUGGCUCCAAGCAUUCCGACCGUGUCAAGACGGUCAUUGUAUGCCCUCCUACAAUCUACGGCCGCGGCAGGGGACCCGUGUCAGGUCGUGGUCGACAGGUCUAUGAGUUGGCCUCGUUUAUCCUGACACAGAAGUACAGCCCCCAACUAGGAAGGGGCUUGGCUCGAUGGAACAAUGUGCACGUCUACGACCUAAGUAGGCUAUAUGACGGCCUAGUACGGGCCGCUCUUGAUCCUGCAAGAAAGGACGACAAGGAAAUUUGGGGCGCCAAGGGCUACUUUCUCUCCGAGAAUGGAGAACAUGUUUGGGGGGACCUAUCCAGGCUGAUCGGUCAGCAAGCUUUCAAACUUGGCCACCUUACGCAAGAACCAGAGCAUAAGGAAUGGUCGCUUGACGAAGCCCUGAAAUCACCCGCAGGCUUCGAGGCUGCUAGCUGGGGUUUCAAUUCCAGAGGUUCUGCUCUUCGAGCGACGAAAGUGUUAGGCUGGAAGCCCCAAGAAAAGAGUCUUGAGGCAGAGAUUCCUGAAAUUAUUCGCGCUGAGGCAGCGAGGCUAGGUCAGUGAGCCUCGCGUGAUCUGUGUCAGCAUGAGCUGUGUAUUAGGGCUAUGGAUAGGCAGUUAUUAUUGAA